CUCAUCGGUUCUUCCCCUUCGGCCGGCGGCGGGCGGUGAGGGCCGAAGCUGCGCUGGGUGACGAGAGCGAGCAGCUGGCGGGCGGCGACGAAUGGCUCGACUGCGCUGGCGUGCACGGGAGGCGGCAGAGAGCAGCGGGCCAGCUGCAAGCCGACAGUGACGCCGGCAAGCAAGCAGUGCACAGCCAUGGUUGCGCCGUCUCGGCUCCCAUCCCAUGAGGAGCAAUCCGCCGCCGCCGCAGCCGACGGCUCGGCCACACCGUCCCAAGGAAUCCCCGUCGUCGAUCUCGGCGUCCUCAUCAACGGCGCGGCCGACGAGCGGUCGCGGGCGAUCCGCGACCUAGGCAGGGCAUGCGAGGAUUGGGGCUUCUUCAUGGUGACUAACCAUGGGGUGCCCGAGGCUCUCCGAGAAGCAAUCAUGGACGCCUGCAAGGAGCUGUUCAGAUUACCUUUGGAGGAGAAGAAAGAGUACAUGCGUGCCAAGCCGAUGGAUCCUAUACGGAUCGGUACAGGUUUCUACUCUGUCGUCGACGCCGUACCAUGCAGGAGGGACUACCUGAAGAUGUUCUCUCAUCCUGAAUUCCACUGCCCCGAAAAGCCCGCAAAGCUGAGGGAGAUUGCAACGGAGUACGCGACCUGCACGAGAGCCCUGUUGCUGGAGCUCACCAAGGCGAUCUCCGAGAGCCUGGGCCUCGCCGGCGGCCGCCUCUCUGAAGCGCUCAACCUCGAGUCCUGCUUCCAGAUCUUGGUGGGGAACCAUUACCCUGCGUGCUCUAGACCGGACGAGCAGGCGAUGGGAUUAUCGGCUCACUCCGACCAUGGCCUCCUCACCCUGCUCUUCCAGAACGGCGUCGAUGGCCUCCAGGUCAAGCACGAUGGCGAAUGGCUCCUCGCGAAGCCCCUCCCGGGCUCCUUCUUCGUCAUCGCCGGCGAUCAGUUGGAGAUUGUGACCAACGGAAGGUACAAGGGCGUGCUCCACCGCGCGGUGGUCGGCGGCGAGCAGUCGAGGAUGUCGUUCGUGAGCCUGAUCGGGCCGUGCAUGGACACCGUCGUCGAGCCGCUGCCGGAGAUGGCGGCGGACGGCCGGGGCCUGGAGUUCCGGGGGAUCAGGUACAGGGACUACAUGGAGAUGCAGCAGAGCAACAGCAUCAACGAGAAGACGGCGCUUGACAUCGUUCGCGUGAUGCAUCAGGCCGGGUGACAUGUUGACAUGCCAAGGAGGCAGUGCCAUGUUAGGAAUUGGGCCGGCUGCACUACGACCCAACACAGUGAGUAGCCCAAUCCUUGGCCCAAGCAAGAUUCUAGUGAAGAAGGUUGCUAACAUGCCAGUACGUGAACAGUUCAGCAGAAGCUGAUCCUGCAGGGCCUGUGUAGUUUGCAGGCGCUGAUUCGUUGUAAAGCUCGAACUGUGAUAUGUGGAAUGUUCAUCAUCAUCAUAUGGAAAAUAAAUGCCAAGUCCGAGUUUAAUUCCAAA